AUGGUUUUAUCCGUUAAAGGAGACGAGCCUGUGGAAGACGGGAUGAAGAUCGCGACGGAUCAUGUGGAAUUGGGUCAUGACCCAAAGAGAAAGAUCAAGAAAUCAAAAUCUUCAGGAGGAAACAGUUUGUCCAACUUGGUAAGUUCAUUCUUCAAAAUUUGCUAUAAAGCGUUUUUUUUUCAGUUCCGUCACUCUGAUUGCCUUGAUUAUCUUCUUCUUCUCGGAGGAAUUGUGUUCAGUUCUGCCAGUGGAGCACUUCUCCCAUUCAACAGUCUUAUUUUCGAAGGAAUCACCAAUGUCUUGAUGCAAGGACAAUCCGAAUGGCAGAACGGAACAUUUGCUUAUGACACAUUCAGCACCGGAAUCCGUCACUACUGUCUUCUCUAUUUCUUGCUUGGACUCCUCCUAAAACUUUGUUCCCAAAAAUUCCAAAUUUUUCAGAACGCUUGCCUCUACACCAUGGCUGAGCGACGUCUCUACUGCAUUAGAAAACACUUGCUAAGAUCCGUCCUCCGUCAAGAUGCACAAUGGUUUGAUGAGAAUACGGUUGGAGGGUUGACCCAAAAAAUGAGCAGUGGAAUCGAGAAGAUCAAAGAUGGAAUUGGAGAUAAGAUUGGAGUUUUGUUCUCGGGAGCUGCGACGUUUAUUAGUGGAGUCUUGUUGGGAUUCUAUAUGUGCUGGCAAUUGACUCUGGUGAUGUUAAUUACGGUACCGCUGCAAUUGGGACAAAUGUACAUGUCGGCCAAGCAUCUCAACCGCGCCACAAAGAACGAAAUGUCCGCGUACUCCAGCGCUGGUGGAAUGGCCAACGAAGUGAUCGCUGGUAUCCGAACUGUUAUUGCUUUCAACGCUCAGCCAUUUGAGAUCUCCAGAUACGCUGAUAAAUUAGCUGAAGCUCGACAAAUGGGAAUCCGGAAGUCGAUCGUUCUUGCGUCUUGCAGUGCCGUCCCUCUUGUUUUGAUGUUUGUGCUGAUGGCUGGAGCCUUCUGGUACGGCGCGAUUCUCACUUCCUUUGGAAUCGCAACUUCAGGAACCACUUUCGGAGUGUUUUGGGCGGUUCUCUUGGGAACUAGACGUUUGGGAGAGGCUGCUCCUCACAUGGGAGCCAUCCUAGGAGCCAGACUUGCAAUCAAUGACAUUUUCAAAGUUAUUGAUAACGAACCAGAGAUCAAUUGUACUAAGGAGACCGGAAGACGACCGGAAAAGAUUAAUGGAAAACUCAACUUUGAUAAUAUUGAGUUUACCUACCCAACUAGACCAGAUGUUAAGAUUUUGAAAGGAGUCUCAUUUGAAGUGAAUCCAGGAGAGACUGUUGCAUUGGUUGGGCACUCUGGAUGUGGAAAGUCUACUAGCAUCGGUCUCUUGAUGAGGUUCUAUAAUCAGUGUGCGGGAACGAUCAAACUUGAUGGUGUCCCAAUUGAGGACUACAACAUUCAAUGGCUUCGAAGCACGAUUGGAAUCGUCCAACAAGAACCAAUCAUCUUUUUGGCUACUGUAUCAGAAAACAUCAGAAUGGGUGACAACUCUAUUACCGAUAAGGAUAUUGAGGAUGCGUGUCGUCAAGCUAACGCUCAUGACUUCAUCGGACAUCUUAGUGACGGCUACAACACUAUAAUCGGCGCAGGAGCAGUCCAGCUCUCUGGUGGUCAGAAGCAAAGAGUCGCUAUUGCCAGAGCCAUUGUCCGGAAACCCCAAAUCCUUCUCCUUGAUGAAGCAACCAGUGCAUUAGAUACCGAAAGCGAGAGAAUGGUUCAAGCAGCUCUGGAUAAGGCCUCGCAAGGAAGAACUACAUUGUGCAUUGCUCAUCGAUUGAGUACCAUCAGAAACGCCAACAAGAUUUUGGUAUUUGAUCAAGGACUGAUUGUUGAGAAAGGAACUCAUGAUCAAUUAAUCCGUCAAAAUGGAAUCUAUGCCAGUAUGGUGAGAGCCCAGGAGAUUGAGAGAGCAAAAGAGGAUACAGUUGUAGAGGGUAUUUAUCAUAGAUUUGUGUUUAAAAAAAACAUAAUGAUAUUUUUAGAUGACUCCCUUGAAGAAGAAACACAAUCAAUUUCCCGCCGGUUAUCUACCUCUGAGGAUGAGGUUCGCAAGAGCAAGAGUCUUCUUCGAGACUCGGCACGUCUCAGCCAAAGUAUGCUCAGUGUCACUUCUCAAGUGCCAGAUUGGGAAGUGGAGAUUGCUCGUGAGGAGAUGUUUGAGGAGGGAGCAAUGGAGGCAUCGAUGAUGGACAUCUUCAGAUUUGCCAAACCAGAGAAAUGGAAUGUUAUAAUUGCAUUGAUCGUUACGUUAAUCCGUGGAAUUACAUGGCCAGCAUUCUCUGUAGUUUAUGGUCAACUUUUCAAAGUGUUCGCCGAAGGAGGUGAAGAUUUACCAACCAACGCUUUUGUCAGCUCAUUAUGGUUUAUUUUGCUUGCAUUUACUUCUGGAAUCACCACUUUUAUUUCUGGGAGUCUUCUUGGAAAAACUGGAGAAACCAUGUCGAGCCGUCUUAGAUUGAAUGUCUUCAAAAAUAUCAUGCAACAGGAUGCCAGUUAUUUUGACGAGCCGAAGCAUAACGUCGGAAACUUGACAGCUCGCCUGGCAACAGAUUCACAAAAUGUUCAAGCUGCUAUUGAUCAUCGGCUCGCCGAAGUGCUCAAUGGUGUGAUCUCCUUGUUUGCCGGUAUUGCGGUUGCGUUUUGGUUCGGAUGGAGUAUGGCACCAAUUGGUCUUCUCACGGCUCUCCUUCUAGUCAUUGCUCAAAGCUCUGUGGCUCAAUAUUUGAAGUAUCGAGGACCAAAAGAUAUGGAAUCAGCUAUUGAAGCUAGUAGAAUUGUCACCGAAUCAAUCUCUAACUGGAAAACCGUUCAAGCUCUCACCAAGCAAGAAUACAUGUAUGGCGCUUUCACAACCGCAUCCAAGAAGCCACGUCAACGAGCAUUUGCCAAAGGCCUCUGGCAAUCACUAUCUUUCGCGUUGGCUGGAAGUUUCUUCCUCUGGAAUUUCGCUAUCGCUUAUAUGUUUGGUUUAUGGCUCAUCUCUAAUAACUGGACAACUCCAUUUGCCGUUUUUCAAGUUAUUGAAGCAUUAAACAUGGCAUCAAUGAGUGUGAUGAUGGCAGCAUCCUACUUCCCAGAAUAUGUCAGAGCUAGAAUUUCAGCUGGUAUCAUGUUCACAAUGAUCCGGCAAAAAUCGGCUAUUGACAAUCGUGGACUCACUGGAGAAACACCGCUCAUCAAAGGAGAUAUCAGCAUGCGUGGAGUCUACUUUGCCUAUCCGAACCGAAAACGUCAACUGAUCCUCAACAACUUCAAUAUGUCAGCCAACUUUGGUCAAACUGUGGCACUUGUGGGACCAUCGGGAUGUGGAAAGAGUACAACUAUUCAACUCAUCGAGAGAUACUAUGAUGCCGUUUGUGGAUCUGUGAGAAUUGAUGACACCGAUGUCCGUGAUAUUUCUGUCAAACACCUUCGUGAUAAUAUUGCUCUUGUGGGGCAAGAGCCAACUCUUUUCAACUUGUCCAUCCGAGAAAAUAUUACUUAUGGACUCGAGAACGUCUCCCAAGAACAAAUCGAAGAAGCUGCCAAGCUUGCUAACAUCCACAACUUUGUCAUCAGCCUCCCGGAAGGAUAUGAUACUUCCGUUGGUGCUUCUGGCGGACGAUUAUCUGGAGGUCAAAAGCAACGCAUUGCAAUUGCAAGAGCAAUUGUCAGAGACCCCAAGAUCCUCUUGCUAGACGAAGCAACGUCUGCCCUAGAUUCAGAAAGCGAGAAAAUUGUACAGGAAGCGCUGGAUAAGGCUCGCCUCGGCAGAACGUGUGUGGUCAUCGCUCAUCGUCUUUCAACAAUUCAAAAUGCCGACAAGAUUAUUGUUUGUCGAAACGGAAAGGCGAUUGAGGAAGGAACCCAUCAAAGUCUGCUGGCUCGACGUGGAUUAUACUAUCGUUUGUUAAUAAAUGCAAAAAAGGAACACCUUAUUUUUUUAACUCCCGAGUUCAAGUUCCCAAAAGAAUAUGCUCGUUAUGAGGGGAAGGCUUGGCAACUCUGGUGGUCAUUAGGCUUCCAUAAAAGUUUCUGUGGUGGACUCCAGGAGGCUGUCCACUCCUUCCACACCCUCUCUGCUUCUUUCCCGCCUCCUCUUCAUCCGUAUUGUCUUCGUCGCGCACUACUAGCCUUCUUCUUCCCCGCCCCAUUCUCUGCGUCGUUGUCGCCAAAACUUGAGCCGUCUAACUGA